GCCGAUGUGGAAAUCUUCCGGAGUGCGGGGACAUUAUCUACAUGCAAUCAAUUCUCCGACGCUUGAACGUUUCAGCCCUUGUACGCCGCAACACCAAGACAAUGUACAUUAAACGUGACCCAGUCGCCAGAGGAAGGUAGCAUACCUGGCUGGAUAAGAAUCAUUGCUCUUGAUCCAAUCCAAGUAACUACACCCACCAUCAUGCAAUUCUCUCUUCUCCUCGUCGCAGCGUAUGCCUGCACCGCCUCCGCACGCCUGACCUGGUCCUUGGCAAAAGCGUCCAACCCCACUGCCGACCAAAGAGAUGCAUACACUAAGAUCGAAGCUGCAAUGACAAAGGCCGUCGCACGCUACGAGAAGUACUCCGAUGCGAACAAGACAAUUCGUGUGGCCUACGCGCCGGGUGUUCCUACCGCCGAGGCAAACUACAACGGCGAUUUACGCUUCGGCUCGAACCGCGCUUACAUGACGGAACGGACUGCGAUGCAUGAGAUAAGCCACACACUAGGAGUCGGGCAGACAGCUGCUUUUGAUAGAAAGUGUGCUGCGGGCGAUUGGAGGACGGCACUACCGCUGAUCAGAAGCUUCGAUGGCGCGAAUGCGAAGAUUACUUGCGGUGGUGGACACUUCUGGCCAUACGGUCUAAACUAUGAGACCGAGUGGAGCGAGACGAAUGCGAACCGGCAUGUGCAAUUGAUUGAGGCUAUGCUGACUGACGGGAUGUGAGGUGAUCGUUGUCGAGUACACUGUUGCAAUUUAGCGUUUAUACAGUACCGACGAAACCCAAUCAGUCAUUGUACUGCUAUCUUUU